CAAUCUUUCUUUUGCCUCCCUCCGUCCGUCGUCACCAAGGAAGAAAAUUUCCAGAGAAAGCUUAAAACUUUUUGUCUUCAAUGGCGAAAAACUCAUAGAAAGAGAUUGAGAGAAAAAGUUCUGAAGGAUUUUAAAAUCAUGUCGAGAUCUCUGGUGAAACGCGUUGCUCCUUAUUUGGUUGGUCGGAUAAGAGAAAAUCAUCGAUUGCUUAAUUUUUCUUCUGCUUCUGCUCUCAAAGAAGCUUCUUCUUCUUCUUCUUCCCAAUCUGAAUCGUCUUCUAUUGAUGUCGUCCAUCUCAGCGACAAUUGUAUCCGGAGGAUGAAAGAGUUACAAUCUAGUGAGCCGGAAAAGAAACUGCUUCGCUUGGGCGUAGAGACGGGAGGCUGUUCUGGUUUCCAGUAUGUGUUUGAGCUUGAUAAUAGAACCAAUCCUGAUGACAGGGUUUUCGAGAAGAAUGGUGUCAAAUUGGUUGUAGAUAAUGUUUCAUACGACUUCGUUAAAGGUGCUACGGUUGAUUAUGUCGAGGAACUGAUCCGUGCUGCUUUUGUGGUAGCUGAAAACCCGGCCGCAGUGGGUGGAUGCAGUUGUAAAAGCUCCUUCAUGGUGAAACAGUGAAUCAUUGACUCAAUCUUCUUUAUAUGGAUUAGAAACCAAAUUUGAUCUUUUGUUUAUUACAUGUAUACUGUCAGAAGUUUUGCUAUGUAUCAAAAGGCAUAACUAGGGAAAGAUACAAAACUCUGUAGGCUUCUAUAGCUCAACAAGUGAUUUGUUAAUCCUAUUUUUAAACAAUAAUGGAAAGAUUUAUACAAAGAGGAAUCUUGUAUCUUCUCUUAA